UAUCCUUCCAUCCUUCCUUCCUUCUCUUCUUCAUCCCGCAUUUCUUUCCGAGCGAAGACCCUGCCGCAGGAGGAGGAAGGAAUGUGUGAGGACCCGCCGCGCCGUGCGCGCUCCCGUGCAGAGCGCGUCGGGGGCGCGCGCCGGCGGAUUUAGUCUCCCCCGGUCAGACGCAGAAAGCGGAGCGGCGCGAGAGAUUAAUUUCGGGGUGCUUUGUUUUUUUUUUAGAUUAAAAUUCUCUUCCUCUGAUUAUUAUUCUUAUUCCUGUCGGCGCGUAUCCGGCUCAUGGGACUAACGCGCAGCGGAUCCCGAACAUCCGGGGACGCGGAUCGGCACCGGGAAUGAGCCGUUAGUCCUGACUACACAACUUUAUUCCGGUGUGUGUUGUGUUAUCGGCGCAGACUCCCGUUCAUCGCGCGCGCAUGGAGCGAUCGGCAUCGCUGGAUAUCGAGGCGCUGAAGAUGACCCAGGAGCAGUAUAUUUUGGCAUCCCAGCCAAGCGCCCUGCAGAGGCCGGGUUGCCCUGCUCCAUAUCCCGUGGGCAUCUACGGCUGGCGUAAACGCUGUCUUUACUUCUUUAUCCUCCUCCUCCUGGUCACUAUGAUCGUCAACCUUGCACUCACCAUCUGGAUCCUGAAGGUCAUGAACUUCACCGUGGAUGGGAUGGGUAAUCUGCGCGUCACCAAAGAAGGCGUGAGGUUAGAAGGCGUCUCCGAGUUCCUUCUUCCUCUCUACGUCAAAGAGAUUAAAUCAAGAUGGGACAGUCCGCUGAUCCUGCAGUCAGACCGGAACGUGACAGUGAACGCGCGGAACGACCUCGGACAGCUCACAGGACAGCUCACUGUGGGACCGGAGAUGGUGGAGGCUCAGUGUCAGAGGUUCGAAGUCCGGAGCUCAGAUGGAGACAGAGUGCUGUUUUCCGCAGACGAGAACGAGGUCAGCAUCGGUACUGAGAAACUCCGAGUGACAGGUAACGAGGGAGUAGUGUUUGCUCAUUCAGUUGAGACGCCGCACAUUCGAGCCGAACCUUUUCAAGACCUGAAGUUGGAGUCUCCAACGCGGACGCUGACGUUGGAAGCGCCGAAAGGUGUGGAGGUGAAUGCAGGAGUGGGGGAGUUCAGAGCGUCCUGCAGGAAAGAGCUCACUCUGGAGUCUUCUGAGGGGGAGAUCUUUCUGAACGCCGAGUCCAUCCGCAUGCCCAAUCUUCCUCACGGCAGUGUGGACCCUCUGCUCAGCCCGGGCACCAGCUACCCUAAACACACUGUCUACGAGGUGUGUGUGUGUCCGAGCGGCAAGCUCUACCUGUCCCCCGCCGACAGCGCCUCCACCUGCCAGACCACCAACAGUGUGUGUUUAUGGAGCUGAGAGCGGCCAGGGGGCGGCGCCCGACACCAGAAAGGCCUUCCUCUUCCUCCUCCUUCCCUUUAUUCCUUCUUCAUUCCUUUCCUCUGUCAUGUUCACAUCGUCUCCACCGAGAUGCUGCGGAACGUCGCCGGAUCGGAAUUUCAUCGAAAACGGGAGACUUUUCCAUUAUUCCCACUUCCUUCCUUCUUUUAUUCCAGUUUCCUUUAUCAUUUUACAUCCUUCUUCAUCUCCUCCUCUUCCUUUCCUUUUUUCUUUUCUCAUUCUUUUCCUUCCUUAUGUUCAUGUCGUCUCCACGGAGACGCUACGGAAUGUCGUCCGAUUGGACUUUUUUAUCAAAAAACAGGAGACUUUUACGUUAUUCCCACUUCCUUCCUUCUUCCUUUUAUUCCAGUUUUUUUCUUUUUAUCAUUUCCAUCUUUCUUCAUCUCCUCCUCCUCCUCCUCCAUCUUCCUCAUGUUCGUGUCUUCUCCACGGAGAAUCUGCAGAAAGUCGCCGGAUCGGACUUUCAUUGAAAACGGGAGACAUUAUUCCCACUUCCUUCCUUCUGUUAUUCUAGUUUCCUUUUUUAAAAAAAAAAAAAAAAAAAAAAGUUUCCAUCCUUCUUCAUCUCCUCCUCCUCCUUCCCUUUAUCCUUCCUUCAGGAAUUCAGGAAUCGGAUCAAGCUCGGCUCGACAGCAGCCUCAUCUUCCCGAUCUGUAAACGGAGCAAAGACUCCACCCGGACCGUGUUUCCCUCUCCUCUUGUUUUUUGGUACUCCUAUUUUUGUACAACCCUCUGACCCUCUGCCCCAGUGGAGACUUGUGGGAAAAUUUGAGGCAGGGCCGGACCAGUCUAACGAAAACGAACACACACACACACACACACACGUCUUGUGCACGCUCGAGUGUGUGUGUGUGUGUGUGUGUUUUUCUUAAGAAGCGAUACACAGGUGCCUUUGCUGUUGUCGGAAAAGCACACGUUCACCUGCAGUCGCAGCAGAACACCGGCAAAAAAAAGAGGAACGCUAAUUAACGUCCAGCUCCGUUUAAAAAAAACUCUACGGACAGGAAGGACACGCCCAAUGUAGUCCGGGGUUUGUUUGUUUUUUUUUCGUCCUUCGGUUUGUUUCGGACUUUUUUCUCUUUUUUCGGGAACAAAGCACAAGAUUAUGCCAUGUAUAUAAGAAACUCAAUAAAUAAUAAUAAUAAAAAGAGAAAGUUUAUUUUAAA